AACAGGUACAUGUCGUACAAGCAAGAAAUGUGCAAUGCCAUGAAUGCUGGAGAUGAAUCAAAAACCAACUCUGCAAACAUUGUGAUUAAAAAGUAUAAGCAGAUGUUUUAUGAGGCUGAGGAUUUUGCAACAAGUACUAGGAAGAUUGAGGAUCUGCAUAAUGAAGCCCUUGCAAUUUAUCAUGUAACUUACGAUUAUGCUCGAAGCACUAAUGAUGUUAAGAAGUGUGGGUUUGCAUGGAAGGUAGCUGGUGAGGCCCUCUGCUCAUUUCAUGGAAUGAAGACCCCUGGAAAGUCAAUUCSUUUCAAACUASCUGUUUUAUYAAWGGUUUAUCCUAAAAUGUAUAGUUUGUUGUCUGAAAAAAGUGCAUGCUAUUUUUCUCCAAAUGUACACUCACCCGGUUCUAGUUACAAGUCUAGAACCAAUCCUGAGUACUUCCCUAGAUCUCCAAAUGAUGGUUAUGGUUCUUUGGUUACCAAGCAAAUUAUAACAUUUUCAUCGUCAGGUUUCAAGGAUGCCAAUCCUAACACCACCACUUGUCACUUGACUGAACCUUCGGCCUUUACUCAUCGUGUUUCUUCGGUUCAAAAACAGCUUACAUUCUCACCUUGCUCUAGUUUGAAGGAUGCAAAUCUUGGAAACAUUUCACAGCACAAUUAUGUUUCCCCGGUACAAAGACAGCUUAUAUUCUCACCGGACUGUAGUUUGGAUGCUGCAAAUGUGAGUAAAGAAAGACAACAAGUUUUUGACUCUCCAAAUGCCAGCCAUCCUUUUUCUGCGGUCCAGAAGCAACCUACUCUAUCAUGGUGUUCUAGUUCAAAGGGUGCAAGUCCUAGUAACAUAGCAAAGCACUUUUCUGAUUCUUCAAGUGCCACCCAUCAUGGUUCUGUAAUUCUAGAGAAACCUACUUUAUCACCUUGUGAGAGUUUUGGAGCGGCCACUCAUAGAAAUCUUGCACUGGGGUUUGAUUCUAUGACUACAAACCAUUCAGAAGGUACAGGCAAUUUUGCUAUUAGUCAACAGUCACUGCUCCUUGCUGAACUCGAAUACAGGAAGAUGUUCAUGGUAUAUAGUUAUGUUGGGAGGAAAAGGCUUGAAGAUGUGGUCUCUGUUGAAGAUGCCAUUGAAAUAAAAUCCAUGAAAAGCGUGUCAAUGUUGGAUUUUGAGGCUAAAAUCUGGGCCAAGUAUGGUCGGCAAUUUUGUGAACCCUCUGAUAGGGCAAUGCAUUUUGACUGGGAUUCUGGAAAGACUYAUCUUUAUCAUUGUUAUGUGUGCGCUGAUGGAAAUUACCAGUUUAAGGGACCGUAUCUUAAUACAAGAAGAACUCACCUACAAAGGGAACUAGGAGAUGACAACGUAUUGAUUGUCCRAUUUACGGAUGGUCCGGACACACCUGACAUGCCAUCCAAUUWUUGUACCUGGAUUGCUGCUUAUCAGAGGAUUGCUGGGGGGAUUUCAAUUGGUUUGCGUCAUUAUCGUCUUUUUGCAUUUAAGGACACUAGAGGAGAUAACAAGAAUCAAGUGUACAGUAUGAAGAAACUGCAGUCRUCAUGGGCUGUCAAAUGCUAUUUCGUUAGAAAAGAAUCUCACGCRCCUUGGUAUGAGAGAGACCCUUACAUUUUGUUCAAGAAGACAAGCCAUGAGGCAAGGUGUCUAUUCAUGCAUGUUCAUACGGUCYCUAGCAUGGCCAAGUACAUCUCUAGAUGUUCACUUGUGCUAUCAAAUACAAUAAAGCUUCGCGUUGAUCUUGCAUCCGUGCAUGUUGAAAGAAUUGAGGAUAUUCCUUGUCGUGAUGAAAAUGGCUUUGUUGUUUGUGAUGAAGAUGGUGAAACACUAAUACAUACAGAUGGAACGGGGUUCAUAUCUGAAGAUUUGGCAAUUUUAUGUGCAAAAGAYUUCAUUGAAGCRAAGGGCAGAAAGGAUGAUWAUUAUGAGCUUGAGGAAGUAUCACUGGGACAGCAAGGCAAGGAAGCUUGCAUCAUAGAACCGCCUUUGCUUGUCCAAUGCCGUUUGUUCAAAGAAGGUKAUGCUGUCAAAGGAACUCUUCUUUUAAAUAAAAAGCUCAAAGACCGAACAAUUCAAAUUAGACCCUCAAUGAUCAAGGUUGAGAAAGAUGCAAGACUUUCAGAUUCAAAUUCUUUCAGUUCAUUGGAGAUAGUUUCCAUAAGUCGUAGACCAAGGAAAGCCAAUCUAUCAAAGAAYUUGAUYGCRCUUCUAAGUGUAGGGGGUGUUCCUAUCAAUUACUUUCUGGGUUUGCUGGAAAGUGCAUUGCAAGAAGCUCAGAAAGUGUCCUCAAGUAUGCGUGCAGCAGUUAGAGUCGGCCUUACCUAUGGACAAAUGGAUGAUUCUGCAACUUCUGUAGCAAUGAUAGGCUGUGGAAUUCCACUUGAUGAACCAUACCUUCAAUAUCGUUUGUCUGUCUUAGCAAAGGAAGAGCGGAAGGGGCUUCGUAGUGGAAAGAUUCCGGUCAAUGAAAGCUUCUAUCUAAUCGGAACAGCUGAUCCUACAGGAACCUUGAACAGUGAUGAAGUUUGCAUUAUUCUUGAAAAUGGCCAGAUAUCAGGAAAGGUUCUAGUGUACAGGAAUCCAGGCCUUCAUUUUGGGGACAUACACAUUCUAACUGCAAAAUAUGUAGAGGAAUUGGAAGGGUUUGUUGGAAAUGCUAAAUAUGGCAUUUUUUUCUCCACCAAGGGCAGGAGAUCGGUGGGAAACGAAAUUGCAAAUGGUGAUUUCGAUGGAGAUCUGUAUUGGGUAUCUAGAAGCCCACAGCUGUUGAAUUACUUCAAAGCAAGUGAGCCGUGGGAAAGGAUUCACUCAACACCWAGUGCGCCUAACAAGAAACCUAGYGAGCUCUCGUACGAGGAGUUGGAGAAUGAGCUUUUUACUCAACUUUUUGCUACACAAAAGCAGGGUAUGGUAGCUGGUAAAGCAGCUGAUAGCUGGCAAACAUUUAUGGAUCACUAUCUGACCUUGGGAGAAAAUUAUGCUGAUGAGAAGCAUCGGAUUAAAGAAAAACUGUUGAAGUUGGUUGACUUGUACUACGAUGCUCUUGAUGCACCCAAGAGUGGGAAAAAGGUUGAAAUUCCUAAAUGUUUAUUGCCACAAAAAUAUCCCCAUUUUCUGGAAAAGAAACGUGAGAUGUCAUAUGAUUCGACUUCUGUUCUAGGAAAAAUCUAUGAUGCCGCAAUAGAGUAUCCAUCUUGUAAUGCUGUAAAACAAGACAUAUGGAAACUGCCCUGCUUCAAUGUCGAGAUACCAGAGGCCUCCUUAAAUUUGUGGAAGAACAGGUACGUGUCGUACAAGCAAGAAAUGUGCAAUGCCAUGAAUGCUGGAGAUGAAUCAAAAACCAACUCUGCAAACAUUGUGAUUAAAAAGUAUAAGCAGAUGUUUUAUGCGGCUGAGGAUUUUGCAACGAGUACUAGGAAGAUUGAGGAUCUGCAUAAUGAAGCCCUUUCAAUUUAUCAUGUAACUUACGAUUAUGCUCGAAGCACUAAUGAUGUUAAGAAGUGUGGGUUUGCAUGGAAGGUAGCUGGUGAGGCCCUCUGCUCAUUUCAUGGAAUGAAGACCCCUGGAAAGUCAAUUCGUUUCAAACUAGCUGUUUUAUCAAUGUUCAUUUAGAAGGAUAUGUAUAUAUGUAUAUAUAUGAAUACAUUUAGCUAUAUAUAGGCAUUGGAGUCCUUGUGUAGAUGGCCAAUAUCAUUGUAUUUAUAGGAGCGAUGCCCACUGUAAUAUAUAUGGACUUCUUCUGCCCACUCAUUUCCUUUCUGUCAUAUAUGAAGCAGGACGAGACUUUAGUACUAAUUAUAUAGUCAUCAUAGUUAUUGUUGGAACUUUGUGGGAUUGAUCCCACAUGAUAAUAGGAAAUUAUUGGUGGGUUGGUC